UAAACACUUUAAAUUCGGCCCGAAACGGUGUUGUUAUAAAAAUAAUAGUCUUAAAGGAAACAGAGACAGAAGUAUCGACAUUGCGCGCGUAGUUUUCUGAGAUGCAGCGCGUAUGUACGUGAAUUAUUGAUUUUUUAGUGUCUGAUAUUUCUCCGAAAUUCGUCUGCUACGAACGUCAGGUCCACCCAUUCAAAGGAAAAUAAAUACUUUAGCAGGCAUAGAAACACAUGCCUCAACAAAUAGCUGAUGGAUGAAGCUGGAAGUAAGUUGGCUAUUAAAUUAGAGCCAUUUAUUCAUCAAGUAGGAGGACAUUCAUCUAUGCUCUGCUUAGACGAGUACACGGUUUGCAAGCCUUUAGUGAAAAGAGAGCUAGAGUUUUACGAAACGCUUCCAGAUGCCAUUCGAAAAUUCACUCCAAAAUUUUACGGAACGCUACAAGUGAAACCUGUACCCGAAGAAGAUGGAUACAUAUCGCUCAUUGCCAUUCCUACGGACUCCUAUUCUCCGAAGCAAAAUCAACGCAGCACACAAAGAAAAAUCCGUAUUCGUCGAACAGGUAGUAUUGAAACAGAAGGCGACAACAAUGAAUUAUUUGAAGAAGAUUCCAUAAGAAAUGAAAAUCAAAUGGAUAUCCCAAAAUCUGGAGUGCCUGUCAAUCCGUGGGUACUUCAGUGUUAUGAACGUCAGUUACAGAAGAUGAUUUCUACUAUUAAAGUUGGUGAACAGGAACCAAAUUUUAUUUUACUCGAAAAUUUGGCAUCAAGGUUUACCUACCCUUGUAUUCUUGAUCUGAAAAUGGGCACACGCCAAUAUGGAGAUACUGCAAGUUUGCCAAAGAAACAAAGUAAAAUGUUCAAAGUUGUUAGCACAACAUCUGGAAAACUUGGUGUUCGUAUCGGAGGAAUGCAGGUGUAUCAGGUAACGACACAGCGCUUCGUGUGCCGUAAUAAGUUUUUCGGUCGCAGUCUGUCUGUCGGAGGUUUCCAGCAGGCAGUGAGGCAGUUUCUGCACAAUGGAUCACAUUUGCGAUCGGAUGUUCUCGCCCCCCUAAUAAGGCGGCUUGAGGAACUUGCUGCAGUGGUGACUCAACAGGAAGCAACCCGUUUCUAUACAACAUCCUUACUGCUGAUAUAUGAUGGUCUUGAGCACUCCUGUACAGAGGGGAAGAUGAAGUUUGAUUUUGAAAUAAGGUCAUUGCAAAAUUCUGCAGUGCGGCAGGAAGAAGAAAAAACUGCUUUUAUGCAGGGUAGCAGAAGAAGUUCUAGUGUUGAACUAUUGGAUCGCCCAUUGAAAGAGCUUACAGCAGAUGAAGUUGGUAUAGUCCAUCGUAGGUGCAGUAGUGUGGGACUUUUUGAUGAUGCAGCACCUCAGUCGCCAUUGCCUUCACCGAGACCACCUGUCACAACUGUUGCGGAGCCUUCAAUAGAUGUUCGAAUAAUAGACUUUGCACAUUCUACUCAUAAAGGCAUGGACAACCCUGUUAUUUACUCUGGCCCUGAUCGGGGCUUUCUAUUUGGUCUUGAAAAUAUGAUUUCCAUUUUGAAAGGGAUUGAAAGAGAUCAUGGAUAGACAUUGAUUGUUUAUAGACAAUUCAGACACUGUUCACAUGUGGUAUGAUUAAAAAAAAGUGGAAGUACUCCUUGACAACCAAAGGCCACAUUUGGAGUUUUUUUAGAAACACAUUAAGUGCAUUUUAUCAUUGACAGUAAGUUGAUGUCUGUGAUUUUCUAGUCAGUUUAAUUUUAUACACUGUUUUGCAAUAACCCGUAGAACCAGUUGUGGUGAUGAAUUUUGUGCAUAGUAGUGAAUGUGGAAUUGUUUCAUGGGUGCAUGUCUCAAAAUAUUAUAUGAUCUUCCAUUUUUAAAUUUUGUUUACAGUUCUGUGUUACGUAUUUGUAUUGUGGAUUGUACAGCUGACUAGCUUACCAAGUGUUAUUUUUGGAUGAUAUUUUAAUUUUACAACAAAUUACAUUCUGAAUAUAUUGUAAUU